GAGCAGGAAUCUGGUGCUGGCUCAUUGUCUGCUGCCUGCUGCUUGUUGCCCGCUCUCCAAAUAAUAAAAAAUGACAAACGAACGGAAAGAGACGUUCGGCUCGUUGGGAAUAUCGCCUUGGUUAGUGGAGACGCUACAGGCUGUGGCUAUUCAAGAGCCGACGCCCAUUCAGAAGGGCGUUAUAAAAAAAGUUUUGGAAGGUGCUGAUUGUAUUGGAGGCGCUAAAACCGGUUCUGGUAAAACAAUUGCGUUUGCUCUGCCAAUUCUCGAGAAAUGGGCAAGAGACCCCUUUGGCACAUUUGCUGUUAUUUUGACACCAACGAGAGAACUUGCAAUCCAAAUUGACGAACAGUUUGCUGCACUGGGUGCUCCCAUGAAUUUGAAGCACAUUCUCGUAGUCGGUGGAAUGGACAUGGUAGCUCAAGCAAUUGCUCUGUCGAAGCGUCCACACAUCGUUGUUGCAACACCUGGCCGCUUGGCCGAUCUGAUCCGCAGUAACGGGGAGGAGACCUAUGCCAGCUUGCAUAGAACUCAGUUUGUUGUAUUUGAUGAGGCAGACCGUCUGCUUUCACCCACGUUUGCCGAUGAUCUCGACGACUGUUUAGAAGUACUGCCUCCUCCAGAGAAACGACAGACUCUGCUGUUCACGGCUACCAUGACAGACGCCAUCCGUGCUCUUAAGGACCGUGAGCCGCACCCCGGAAAGCCGCCUUUGUGGCUGUACGAAGUUGACACAGAAGGUGUAUCGAUUCCUGAGUCUUUGGAACAACACUAUUUGCUUGUAGCGUCUCAUGUUCGGGAUGCUUAUCUCGUGCAGUUGCUUUCUAGCCCAGAGAACGAAGACAAGUCUGUCAUCGUUUUUGCCAACCGGACAUACACAGUAGAGCUGCUGUACCGGAUGCUUCGUCUGCUCGACUUUCGUGUAACCUGUCUGCAUUCCGAGAUGGCUCAACGCGAGCGUGUGAACUCGCUGGGCCGUUUCCGUGCAGAAGCUGCUCGCGUUCUCAUUGCCACUGACGUCGCCAGUCGUGGUCUGGAUAUCCCGUCCGUUAAAAUGGUUGUCAACUAUGACAUUCCCCGUGACCCCGAUGACUAUGUUCACCGUGUUGGUCGUGCAGCUCGUGUCGGUCGCUUUGGUGAGUCGGUAUCGUUUGUUACGGAGCAUGAUGUUGAUUUAAUCCACGCAAUUGAAGACCGUGUGGGAAAACAAAUGACUGCCUAUGAGUCAUUCUCGGAAAACAAAAUGCUCGAAAAGCUCAAACAAAUAAACGAGGCUAAACGGAAGGUUUCCCUCGAGCUUGUCGACGAGGAUUUCGGAAGCCGUCGCAAAAAACUGAAGGAGAAACGGAUGAUGAUGGCUAGUAAGGUUCAAACGACACGGAAACACAGUGCUCGACACAGUAAGAAGAAGGCAUCCGUUAAAACUAAAAAGUCGUUAUAAAUUGGGUUUGUAAAUGCAAAAGUAAGCGGUUAUUACAGGGUAAAUUCGCAUUAAUAUAUGGUCCGUCAAUGACUAAUAUACAGUUUUGUUUUGUAUCCUAUCGCCCUCAUAUUCCUGUUU